AGCGCGGCUCAGUGUGGACGGGUUAGUCCGAGGUGUGCGGGGCUCCGGCGGGAUGGCGGCGCUCUUCGUGCUUGUGGCGGUGCUGGCACUGGCGGAGGCGAACCCCGGCUCGCACCGACUGCGUUAUUUCUAUACGGGGGUGUCGGAGCCCGGCCCGGGGCUGCCGGAGUUUGGAACAGUCGGGUACGUGGAUGACCAGCUGUUUGUGCACUAUGACAGCGAGAUCAAGAAGACUCUGCCUCGUGUGGACUGGAUGAAGGAGGGCCCGGAGUACUGGAAUCGCGAGACCCAGAAGUUCCAGGGCACACAAGAGGGGUUCAGGGUGGAUUUGGGCACUCUGCGAGGGCGCUACAACCAGACUGGCGGGUUUCAUAGUAUCCAGCUCAUGUAUGGCUGUGAGCUUGGUGAAGACAACAGCAUUCGAGGCUAUAUGCAAUAUGCGUAUGACGGAGGAGACUUCAUCAGCUAUGACCUGAGCAGGCAAAACUGGGUGGCAGUCCCAGCACAGGCCCAGGUCACCCAGCACAGAUGGAAUGCGGAUAGUGCCGAUCUUCAGCAACUGAGAGAUUACUAUGAAGGGAUCUGCAUCCAGUGGUUGCAGAAGUACCUGCAGUACGGGAAGGAAGCGCUGCAGAGCAAGCCUCCCGUGGCUCAGGUGAGUGACAGGUCAUCCCGAGAUGGACUUGCCACCCUGUCCUGCCGGGUCCACGGCUUCUACCCCAAGGAUGUGGCUGUCGUCUGGCUGAAGAACGGGGAGCCGCAGACCCAGGAGACGAGCCGCUCUGGGGUUGUUCCCAGUGGAGACGGGACUUACCAGACCUGGGCCACUAUUGAGAUCGACCCGAGCAGCAACCAUGAUUACACCUGCUGUGUGGAGCAUGUGAGCCUGGGUGCAGACCUGAGAGUGGCCUGGGACAAGAAGCCUGAAUCCAACCUGAUGCUGAUCGUGGGCGUUGUUAUCGCUGUCGUGCUGGUCUUGGUCGUGGCAGGCGCAGCUGUUUACUUCCGCAGGAGGCAGGGAGCAGGAUACAAAGCAGCAUCCACUCGCGACGGCUCCAACAGCUCCGGAAGCAACCAUGGCUCUGACCCCUGCGUCAAAGCUUAGCAGGGCUCAGUGGAGCCUACACCGCCUCCUGAGGGGCCCACAGAGGAGGAGAGAGACAGAUCACAGAGCAACGAGCUGCACUGAUUCCACCCUUCCAGAUGCCUUUUUAUGCCUUGAUUUUUUUUCUUUUUUUUUGCCCCUUGCGGCAGGAGAGCAAAGAGCUGGUGUGUGAAAUUAAAGCUGCUGGGCUGCAGUCAAGCUGGGGAGGGGGUGGGGUUUGGGAAGUGCUUGCGACUGAUCAGCUUAUUGCAGGUUUGAACCAUAGUUUGCUAUUUAUAAAAAUAACAGAUAGGAAUCAUAUCCAAGGGCAUCUCCCUGCUAAUAGAGAGGUGGGCAGGGCAUGCACCGAAUCAGGCAGUGGGUGGGUCAUGCCCUAGAGCAGCGGUGCUCAAUCAUUUGGCUAGCAGAUGUUGGUCCAUCUUCAGCAGCACUCCUUCCUGCCCCUCAGGGGCCAGGGUUGAGUGCUGGGGGUCUGUGCAUCUGUGCCUCUGCACACUGUGGUAGGGAUACUGCUGCAAAUGUCCAGACUGUGGGAAGCACAAGUGGCUGGCUGACAUGGCACCGUGAGCUGCAAGUUGCUCACCCCUGCACUAGAUCAGUGGUUCUCAAUCCUUUUUUACUAUGACCCAUUUGUAAACAUCAACGGCCAGUCCCAACCCCGUGCUCCUCACUCCUGACCCGCUGGCCCCAGGCCCCAGCCCCCAGCAUGUGGGGUGGGGGAGCGGGUGUGGGACAGGGGUGCCCCAAGCAACCUCUUGCAGGCAGAAGCUCUGCCAACCUGCAAAGGAAAAGCCACAGUUUCCCACAUUUUUUCCCUUUUAAGAGAGAAUCCAUGUUUUAAGUUUGCUAAUCCAUCCUUAAAAUUUGUGACCAUUUCAUACAUUCUUGCGACCCACUUUUGUAUCACAACCCAUGGGUUGAGAAACGCUGCCCUAGAGCAUCACUGUCCCAAAUUGAUUGUUCAUUAAACCUUAUAUCAUAUUUUUGCAGUGCUGUUCAACGUGUCCUGUUGCUUUCUGCUGCUCUGCUUUGCCCUGCACACGGCUCCUGCCCCCUGCAUCGUGGGGGUGAAUCCAUGGCAAGGCUGUGUCCACUGGACACACAAAAGCCUUUUAUAAGAGCAACUUGUAAUCUAAACUGGUGCCCAGGUGCCUGAACACCCCCAUGCCAGGAGAGCACUUUUCCCUGGGUGCAACUAGGAAAACUGCCUUGGUAGUCACAGUGUUUCCCCUGCUGCACUAACCCAUCCACAAGGAUAGCUUAGUGUAGCAGAGGUAACGUAUAGUUAAACCAUCCACUUUCACUUCCAGGGGGAAGCUUUAUGCCUACUUUAUGGAACAAAGAGACUACUCCCUAGCUUGCUUCUGGGGCCUUAUGGCUAAAGGCAAGCAAAACUCAGGGGCAUCUGAAACCCAAGCCUCCAGGUAGGAUGCCGGGCCAAAGGAUUUGGAAACAUCUGAAGCCCCUGGUGGGGGUGGAGGAUGUUUGCUGGUAGUAGGGCCACUUAUGGUUCUUGACUGGUUCAUGAAUUUGGAAUUAAUUUGGCUUAGAACACGGAAAAUUUAAAUUAAAUAAUAAAAAAAAAAAGUGCCUGCUGACCACCCCCAAUGCAGAGGCAGGAGUGCCGGAGGCUAGAUUCUCUGAUCUUUUGCACUGGAUGUUGCUUCUGCCAAUUAAAUCCUUUUUCCCCCUUUUCUUUCCUUUUUGGGAUGGGGAGAGCUUAAAAUUGUAAGGGCUUUAGAGAAUAAAUGUGUACAGAUCA